CUGUGCAGCGCCCAUCCUCCUGCCAUGGUCCACGCCUUCUUCAUCCAGACGUUACGCUGCCGACCCGGGGAAGAGGCAGGCUGCUGCCGAGUGCUCUAUUCCAGGGUCUUCGGCCCUGAAGGGUUGGAAGAUGCUGGGCCCCAGGAUCGCGAGAAGGGGCGGCUGCGCGAGAAGGAGCAGAUCCUGGCCGUCGCCAGGCAAGUGGAGUCAGCCUGCAAACUCCACCAGCGGGCUUCCGGGAAGCCUCACUCCGAGCACCUAGCCCAACUCCCCGACGAACCCGUUUCUCUCCACGAUGCCCCGUUGGGGGUCUUCCGCCUCCCCGUGGGGGACCCCUUCUCUGAGGAUAAGACCGUUCUGUGGGUGGGCAUCCAGUGCCUGGGCUUCGCUCUGGUCUGCGACCCCCAUGAGAACCUGCUGCUGGCCGAGAGCACCUUGAAGCACCUUGCCAAGACCCUCGCCGACCACCUCAAGCUGCUGAGCUCAGGGAGCGACGUCGUCCUCAAGGCCGACAGGACGGAGGUCGUCCUCCACAAGUUCCUGCCGCACGGGCAGCUGCUCUUCCUGAACGACCAGUUUGCGCUGGGCCUGGAGAGAGAGGCGAGCGCGGCUCUCGGCAAAUGAAAGGUCUCCAAAGGGAUGGAGGCUUGGACGGCCGUGGGCAGCUGUGGGUGGGUCAGCUGGUUUGCUGCAUGCUGUGUACGCCAGCCUUGACCUGCCUGCAGCCCCUCCGAGCGCUCGGGACUACAGUUCCCAUCAUCCACUGCCAGCACAGGACGAUGGGAUUUGUAGUCCCAAGCACCCAGAGGGGCUGCAGGUGGGUGAAAUCUGCUCUGUGCGACAGCAACAUCACACGGCACACUGCAUGGUGGGGAAGAAACAGGAGGAGGAAGAGGAGAUGGGGAACCGGAGACCCGCUUCUCUGCCACAAAACUCGAGUCCUGAUUUCCCCUCUGCUCCCUUGAAACAGGCCCCGACUGGUGAAAUUGAUAGGAGAAAUUGAUAGGAGACUUGCUGUUGUAAUUGCCUCGAAUAAUAAAGCAUAGCUGUGGUUUUUCAGUGUUCAAAGCAUAUGGCAUAAAUCAGGGAUGGAGAACCAUCAGGUCUUGGGGCUGGGGUACAAAAUCUUACUACAGGUGGAGGUAUGUGUUCUCCGAUAAAUCUGGGCAUUACAUCUAUGCCCCAGAGACCUCGAUAUCUGUCUACCUUAUCGGUUGCGUCGCACAGAUUCGCAUUUGUUAGAGCCAGA